UAUUACGGUUAAACUCGUUGACGUUAGACGUGUGCGUGUGUGUGUGCGAGACAAUGGAGCAACAACCUGUUGAAGCGGCGCUUGCUGCAGUUACGCCCACAAAACGCGAUGCCGCCUACAUAGAAAAAGCUUUGGCAAGCGCCUUUAAUGCGGAAAAGCUGCGCAUUGAAAGCUUUCAAAGCGAUGUGAUAUCCCAAAGUGGUGAAAAUUUCUGCAGCGUCAUCUAUCGCAUAAAAGUUACAUUUCGCAAGGAGCCGCAGGCAGAGCUGCAGGAGCAAAGCUUUAUUCUAAAGGAUCUGCUGCCCUUAAUGGCAGCGCUGGGUUCAAAUGAAAAAUUAAUGUACGAGCAAGUGCUGCCAGCUUUAAAUCAAAUAUUGGCUAAAGCGCACGCAAGUUUGGGCGAACACAAGCUAAGCGCGCAGUAAGUUCUAACUAAAAGUGGCAAUGGCAAAGAAGUUUAUUUGCUUGAGGAUCUAAACGCUUUGGGCUAUGCAACGCUCAAUCGCUGCAGCGGCCUAACGCUGCCUGAAGCUAAAAUAUGCGUGCAUAAGAUUGCGCAAUUCCAUGCUGCUUCAAUGUUGCUGCUGCAGCGUCAGCCCGAGCUGCCUGCGCAGCUUGCGCCCUCGCAUUUCAUCAAUGGCGUCACCGAUGACUUCUCCAAGGUUCUGCUCAUAGACGGCACUGAGUUUGCUGCGAAUAUGGUUGCUGGCUUUGAGGGCAUGUCGUCUAUAGCUGCUAAAAUGAAAGCGCAGCUGCCUGUAGUUUAUUCCGCUCGCAUGCGUGAGACGCUGCAGCCCGAAGCUGCUGCAUUCCAGGUCAUUGUACAUGGAGAUUUGUGGGUCAACAAUAUACUCAUCAAUGCUGCGCAGCAACAAGCGGUUAUUGUGGAUUUUCAAAAUUGUCAUCUAGGCAGUCCAGCCAUUGAUUUGCUCUUGUUCUUCUAUACGAGUCUGCAGCUGAAUGUGCUGCUAACUGAGCAACAGUCACUGCUAAAAGAUUACCAUCCAAAGCCUUUGCCACACUUUAACUGCUUGUAGGCUAUGCAGGCAACUUGCCUAGCCUAGAGCAAUUGCUCAAACGAAAUGGAGCGUUGUUUGUUCUAUGCCUAUUAUGCGCUCGUUUGUGAAAUGCCCAUUUGCUCUGUUUCUCCAGAGGCAGCGAAGGACUUUAAUGCGCUCACUUUUAUCAAUGCAGAGAAUAUUUUAGCUAAGCGUCAUCAGCUGUUUGAGAAUGAGCGUGUGUCAGUGUCGCUUAAAGCAAUUUUACCAAUAUUCGAGCAAAAGGGUUUACUAGAGAUGCCUUAUUAGUAUAUAUACUAUAUAUAUAGUGGAGCUUUGAGUAGAUUAGUAUUGAGCCUCACAUGAUCAAUUUUGCUAUUUCUUUA